UCAGCCCAUCCGUCACUUUCCCAUCCAUCCUUUACCAUCUCCCACCCGCGACUUUUUUUUUCUUUUCAGCCUUCGCCGAACCACGCGAAUCACGCGAAAUAAAGAUUUCUAUAAAAUCACCAUCAAUCGCGUAUUACCUCAUUUGACAAGCUAAAAUAGCAAAGAUGUCGCAACAACAGACAGCUCCGAUGCUCAUCAACAUCCCUCCCCCACCGUCUAAUCCGGAGACGCCUAGCGAUAUGCCUGGCACUCCAACCAGCACCACAACCUCCCUAUCCGCCCUCUCCACAACCGCCAUCAAGGACGGCCACCGCGGCAACGCCUUCCACGGUCUCGGAGGUCCCCGCGGGCACCAACACCACCAAUCAACCAACAGCCUCGAAGCCGAGCGCGCGGACCGCAUCAGCCGACUGGCCGGACUAGAACGUGUAUCCACUCUCCGCGCCCCGAACCAGAACCAUCAAAGCCACAGCCCGGGUAACGCAUACUCGCCGCAGACAACCCCCACAUCGGCAACAGGCCAACCAGCAAACAGCGCCGCACUGACACCGGCCUACUUCGACUCGAACGGACAGCCGGUAGCAGUGACUAAGGUGAGCACGGUAGGCACAGCGUCCGCGACGGGUAGUGUCGGCGCGCGCACGACAGCAACAACAGAAACUGAAGGUGGAGAAACCUACGAGAUGGACGCCGAUCUAACCGAAGUCGACGAGGAAGAAGACGGAAGCAUGAGCAUGGAUACUAACUACCGCGCCAUGGACGUCGAUUCUACCUCCGGCGCUAUCGAUCCUAUGGACGAAGACUUGGCGAGCCGCUCUGUGGGUGGUUUUGAGGAUCGCAUGAGUGAUGAUGGGACGGCGAGUCUUGUUGGGUUUGGAGAGGGUGCCAAUUCUACUGUUAGUGGUCCGAUUUACCACCGUCGACCCCUGCCUGGUACGGCCGGUGCUACGGGCGUAUGGGGCUUGGAGAGAAGUAGUUCCGGGCUGAGCCAGGAGGCUUCUAUGCGUACUCGUGAGAUGCGUGAUGUUGGUAACGACACUCCGAUCAGUGCGUCGGCUGCGGCAGAGACGCGUCAGGCCAAGUAUGUCGAUGGUGUUGCUGUAGAUGGUGGCGGCCAUGUUGGUACCUCUGAUGACGACGUAUUCGUUGACACCACAACGCGAGGACCCGUUCCCGUUCAACCUGGUCAGCCACGAACUAGCGCCCUUAGAGAAGGUGUAGGCGGGCCGGCGACGCGAGAAGCUGCCGAACGCAUCGUACGAGAGCGUCUUGAUGGUGGUGAAGGUGGACGAGCACCUGUUCUAGGAAACUCCAAGGAUGGUGACAAGCUCGGAAAGUUCUACUUUGAAGAGAAGAAGUAAAGCCUCAGGGCACGUAACGAGCAGGAUAAGGGCUUACAGGGAGUUGUUCUUCCCCCACCGCCCUGGUUUGUUGGUUGGUAGUUUAGGAGUUCUAUUGGCGUAUGCGGAUUAAAAACCACUGGAUGAAUGAAGCAGUGGAUGGCAGUAGUUUUUUUGUCCCACGUAUCUAUCUCUUCGCCAGCUGGUGGGGGAAGACACAUACUCUCGGACA